AUGGAAGCCGUAUUGAAAAACACCGCCAUCGAGAUUCCGAUUGUCACUAUGAGCACUACGAUUGCCCGCUGCUCCUUUAUCAUAUACCUUCUCGCUAUUCUCGGCUCCAACAAAACGUACAAAUUCGUAUUAUGGGUUAUCAUGAUCUGGCAGCUCUCCGGCAACAUCGUCUCCGCUGUCCUCCCUCUGAGCAUCUGUCGUAACGUUAAUAUUCUCUGGGAUCCGACCGUGAAGACGACUUGCGGUGAUAGUAGUGCAGUCAUCAAGUUUGCCUACUACUCUAACACUGUCAACUCAGCCACGGACUUGUUUCUGGCCGUGUUCCCCAUCCCCGUCUUUUGGAAUCUUAACCUGAAAACGCGCGUCAAGCUCGGGUUGAUUGUUCUGCUCAGUCUAGGUCUUGUGGCCAUGGUAGCAUCUAUCGUGAAAACAACAAAACUGAACCAACUCCCCAGCAUCACAAAUCUCGGUGCCUCCGGCGGCAUUGAGCUCAUCCGCUGGGGCUACGUGGAAAACGCCGUGAUCAUCAUCACCUCGUCGAUCCCUUGCAUCCGGCCGCUCGUCAUGUCCUCCGUCAAGAAAUUCUCCAGCCACAGCUUCUCCCGUUCAUAUGAGUUGCGCAGCCCCUUCACCGGGAAUCGUCGCACAGGUGAGAAUGAUACCGCUCAGUCGCGCCGCAAACUAGCGACGACGAAUAAUGAUGUCGAAACGUGUAGUAUUGAGCGCAUCCUGAACCCUUAUUCGCACAAUACGGUUAUCGGUAGCCAUCAGACUUCGUCGAAUCGGUCGGAUCGGGGGAUUACGAAACAGGUGGAGAUGUCGGUUUAUUCGAGUGAUGAUCCUGCGAGGAGUGUUUGA